AUAGAUAUGUAUUCUUAUCGCAUUCGUCUUUUUUUCAUUUAAGUAGAGUAAACUUUAGGGAGAAUUCUGAUGGCAUCCUGAACUUUUUGGAUUAAUGCAUCUUGUAAUUCUCUGUUAUGAUUAUUUUGGUUGUCUUAACAAAAUUGCAGAGAGAAGUUAACAAUUUUUUUAAAUAAUAAAUUUUUGAUUAUUACAAAUGGAAAGAAUAAAAAUAAAAAAUCAAAGUAAAGCUUAAAAUUUUAUUCCAACUUGAGAAGCAUUUUUAUAAACAUAAUAUUAAUGAAACAUUGAUACAGUGUUAAAUGGUAAGUUUCAAGCAGAAGGUUGUCAACGGGUGGUCGUUUCAUAAAACUAGCAAGUGUCGCAAUCUGUUAUCUUUAUAACAAUACAUAGUGUGUAUGUUAAGCAUCGUUAUGUACAACUAUUUCAGGGAGUAAUAAGGAUAUACUGUAUUACUGUUGUGCAAAGUCGCACUCAAACCAACAAAGAUGCAAAUAUUUUAAAUAGUAUUAAAUUGAAUACUAAAAUUUCAAUAUCAAUUAAAAAUUGACAUUAUGUACCAGAGAUAAUAAAAAUUCAGGAGAAAAUAUCAAUAGAAAUAAUAUGACAUAUUAUAAUAAUGUUAAUAUUGAUGAAUUCUAUUCUUCAGAUUCUAGUAUAGAAUUAAUUGAUGUUUAUAAAUCUAAGACAACCCACUUAAAUUCAAAAAACGAUUUAGACAACACAAAUUUUAUUGAAUAUAUUGAUUUAACUAAUAAUGCAACCUUAAAUUUGAAAAAUAAUGAUAGUUAUGCAAAAUUUGAUAUUUUUAAUAUCAAAAAAAAUUCAAGCAUACAGGAUUUGACUGUUAAUAGUUCUAACUCUGAAGAAAGCUUUAAAUCUGCUUCUAGUAGCAAUUUAGAAAAAAAAAGUGAUUAUAUAGCUUCAGUAAAAUAUCCUAUUGUGUCGGAAAAAGAAAACAAUUUAAUUGACACUGAAAAUAAUUUUUCUACGCCUAAUAAAUUAGCUAUUCAGCUAGAUAGAUUAUCUGAAUCUGCAAAGGUUUUGGAUCGUUUAUAUGGUCGUCAAUGGAGAAAAAUUGAUGGAAUAUUCAAUAUUCCAAAAAAAGACAUUAAAAAAAAAUUGUUUGAAAAUGAUAAUGAAAAUUCAUCAGAAUCAAUAAUUGACAGCAAAUCUGAAAGUGAAUCUUGCUAUAUAAAUUAUAAAGAAAAAGGAAAGGCGAAUCUUACACCUACUAAAAAUAUUCAAAAAGAACUGGAUCUUACUUCUGAAAGUUUUAUGAACAUCAGUCUUUCAGACGCUAGAAUCGAUUUUAAUUUUUCAAAUAAACAAGAUGAUGUUAUUCCAUUAUCAUCUACUUUAAAUAAAUCUGGCUCACUAAUAUUUCCAAAAAAAAACAAGACCCAAGAAAUUUGUUUGUUAAGCAAGCCAUUACCAAAAAAAGAAUUGAAAAAUGUUAAAUCAGAAAAUAGUGAUUCAAUGCUGUCUUUUCUUAGUUCACUCUCAUGUUAUAACGGCUCAUUAAAAUGUCACCCUGAAGCUGAAAAAUAUAAAUUUAAAUUUAAAAAGAACAAAGAUGACUUAGUAUCUGCAUUAUUUGAUUUGUUCAAUAAAGAAGUGUUUGAAAAUAAGCUUCCUGAUGAUAUGAAUUUUAAAUGGAAUGCACGAUUAAGAACAACUGCUGGAGCUUGUUUUAAUAGACGUUCAGUAAAAAUUAAUGAAAAUUUAGAUUGUGUUCGAAUUUCCCGAAUUGAGCUUUCUUCAAAGAUAAUUGACACCGCUGAAAGACUGAGGGAUACAUUGAUUCAUGAACUUUGCCAUGCUGCUUGUUGGAUAUUUAAUGGUGUAGCUGAAGGCCAUGGACCAGCUUGGAAAAGUUGGGCAAAUAAAGCAAUGAAAAGAUUCCCUGAGUUGCCAAUUAUUAAAAGAUGUCAUAGUUAUGCAAUUCAAACAAAAUAUACUUAUAAAUGCAUGAAAUGUGGUUAUAGUAUUGGACGACAUUCCAAAUCAUUAAAUUUGGAAAGAAAAAGAUGUGGUUACUGUUAUGGAGAAUUUGAAUUGAUUGUCAAUAAAAUGAAUAAAAAUCCAACUGUUAAUAUUAAUUUGCAAGGUCUUCAAACUGAUCCUCUAAAAGAAUUGUAUAAAAUAGAUGAUAAGCCACAAACUAAUAAACUUCCACGAAAGCCAUCUAAGUUCGCAAUUUUUGUAAAAGAAAAUUAUGGAAAAGCAAAACGAGAAAAUCCACUUUUAAAACAUGGUGAAAUCAUGAAAAUUCUUGGAUCUCAAUUUUCAGUAGCUAAAACUUUAACACCUGAUGAUAUAUUUGACAGAUUACUUGAUAGUUAAUUAAUUGUUCCAUAUAUAUAAUUUGACAAUAUUAAUUAUUAGAGCGAAAUUUAUUGAUAUUUAUAUUGAUUUUUUAUAUAAGUACUAAUUAAAAAAAUAUAUGAAAAAUAAAUAAUUUAUAUAUAUAUAGUGAUUAUAAUAGGAGUAUUAAAAAACAAUUUUUCUUGUAAAACUCAACUAAAACUGCUAAUUUAGUUUAUCAAUAUUUUUGUUUAUAUAAUGUAUAAACAAAUGAUGAUAUAUUAUAUCAUCAACCUCAUUUCAUGUACUUUAUAAUACCCUCCUACACUUAUAGUUUUUUUUUUUAAUAAACUAUUUUUUCAUUAUUUGAUGAGCUUAGGUCAUAUUAUUGAAAGAUUAAAUAUUUUCUUGAAACAAACAAAGAAAUUAUAAUUAAGCUAUCAGUAAGUUUAAAUCAAUGCCUGAGAGGCAAAAGUUCUAUUUCCACUUUUUAAAGUACUAUCUUAUAAACUUUUACUGUGUGUAUUUUCACCUCUCUUAUGCUCUUCAUUUUAAUAAAAUGAUAUAAUCGCGUUCAUUUAAUAUAAAUUUGAAAAAAAAUCUUUAUGUGUAGGAGGGUAUUAAAAAGUAUGCAUGUGAAAUCACUUUACAUUUGAAAUGAGGUUGAUGAUAUAAUAUAUCAUCAUUUGUUUAUACGAUUAUAAAGUCAAGACAUGUCGAGGUUUGUAAUUAGCCAUUAAGCCAAAAAAAAAAUAGAUGUAAAAUUAUUUAUGUUAUUUUUAAAAAUAUAAUCCAAAUAAUUUUUGGAACUAUGAA